UAUGAGCCACCAAAAGAAAGAACCGUAUGGAUUCGAUGGCAAGUACAUGUUUUCUGAAACAGACGUGUUUUUUACAUUUACUCAUCGAUACAAUACCGAAUUUUCAGUCCUUGAGUCGUACUUCCUGUGGACAUUGGAACAAGAAAUUGUCCCGCGCUUUUCUGAGUUUGUUCGCCUGAACGUUGAUUCAAUAGCUAGGCUUUCAAAAACAAAUAACUGUGUGGAACUGCAUCGCACGGAGCUCGCGUCUCGUUUCGUCCCAGAUUGCGAGUAUGAGUGUCGUCCUCACCCUAGUGAUGGUGUUGGAAACUUGCGUCUCGUUUCGUCCCAGACUGCAAGCAUGAGUGUCAUGGUUGAAGACCAACCUGAUUGGUCUUGUGUCAUCGAAAAAAUUCAUAGGAUCCAAAUUUCUGAAAGUCGCCGUGAAAAAACCUACAUUAUGUAUUCAAACGAAAAUGAUUACGUUGUAAAUGUAUUGUUGGAAGACCAGAAAAAAUCAGAACUUGACACCAAUAACUCGGUUAAUGCAAAAACUAUACCUAUCUCUCGACUUACGAAGCGGUUUCUAGAUGUCGCAAAAGAGAGCUCUCCAAAACGGUUGGCAAAUGGUCCAAGUAUUGCUAACGUAGAAAUAUCAAAUAACGAACAAGAUUUAUCCAACGAAUUAGAUGGCGAUCCAUAUAUCAAUUCAAGUCAUGAAAGUGAUGAUUCAAAACAUGAUGGAUUCAUAUCUCCAACUCCAUGCGCUCCCGAAGACCCUUUCGCCGAUGAAAAGAUUAUUAUUAUUAACGCGUUCAGUUUAGAUGUACUGGAAUCGAUUCACAGAAGAUAUACGCCAAAAUUAUCUCUACAAUUAGAUAUAGAGGUUGAGAAUAUAUAUAGAAAAGUGAUCAAAACGUGUUUAAAUGAUUCUCGUGAUAAUGGCAUCAAACUGCUAUGUGCAAAUAUUGUACAAAAAGAUGAAUUGAUAGAUAAUUUCGGGUUCUUGAUACUAGAUUUAAUAAGAACUCUGCUGUACAAUAAGAUAAGGAACGAACCAAGCGAAUUAACGUUAAUAACGAACUAUUUAGACAAUGUCAUGAAAAAUGUUUUCUAUGUCCCUGACAAACAUAUAGUUCGAUGGCCAAACACGACCUUAACAGAAAGCAAAGUAAGGAAAUUCGAUGGGUCAAGGACGAAACAGCCAGAUUUUGUUGUUUCAGUCAACUAUCAGUCACGGGCAACAAAUGUGAUCUUUGUUGGUGAGGUAACUGGACCAACUGAGAAAAAUAAUGUAUACAAAAAUUGCCUUGACUUAUUCAGGAUUGGAGUUUUCAUGAAAGACUGUAUUGACUCUGAAAUUUCUCAAGGAAUAUCAGUACCUGCAACUAUAAAGGACAUAUGUAGCUUUAUAGAUGAACUUUAUAUUUUAUUAAACCUACGGAGUAUCUUAUAUGAGUCUUAUAAUGCUUUUGUUGAUAAACUUAAAAAUCCAAGAUUAGCUCCCCUAGAACUUAAAUCAUCCUUCAAAAAACCAACACUAGACACUCCUGAGUUUAACAACCUCGUUAGCAAAACUCGUUGCGUCAAAAGAGAGUGUCCAUUUUGGUUUGGACGAUACAAGUAUGUAUUUUCUUUCCAAAAUAACUUGAAAUUUACGAUACUAAUUCUUAUUGCAAUUGUAGAUAAUAAUAAUUCACCAUCUGGUUCUCUUAAAAAUUAG